AUGAGUGUGGCCCCUACUCUCGAACGAGGUUGUAAGGCGCGUCCGGGAUGGAGGAGAGGGGAGGAGCAUAGUGCGGAGGAUCGAAGGGCAGCGGAGGAUGGACCGACGAAAAGCCGAUCUCACGUUCGGUCGUUCUUUCUCGUUUCAGAGGCACUCUUCCAGAGAUUGGUGUUGCUGUCCGGGACGGCGUUCGGGCCGAACUCCGUGGCAGCCGACGACGAGGCGGAAGAUCUGGAGUCCUUAUUCGGGUGCGAGGAGCCGAACUGUCCCUUCGCUUCCUUGCACUUCCGCGAUCUGUUGGACAGGAAGCCCAAAUGGAAGGAUCGGCGUCCGAUCGUCGACCGCGCGAUCGUCAGCGAUGACAACGUCACCUUCGUGCCCGAGAUCAAGUUCCGGGGCGAAAUCCCCUACGAGACCCUGGUGGGCGUGUUGGAAUCCGAGGGGACGUACCUGGUGCCCGAGACCUUCCUGGAAGAAGGGUGUACCGAAGAGGAAAGGACGACCCGAUUCGAUUCCCUCCUGGAGUCUCGGUACGAUGCCCAUCUGGUGGAAGUGCGAGAGAUCGUCAAUUACGAAUACACGGAAUGGGGAUCGGGGCAGAGACGAGAUCCCCGCAAGUGCCUGGAAUCCUUGAUCGCAUCUUAUUCGGAUGCCCUAUUCGGGGCUCCCGCCGUUUCCUUGGCCGACACCAUGUCGUCGCUCAACGCCACAGUCUUUCUCUUCGUCCAUAACCUCGUCUUAUCCACCUCUUCCAAGAGAUCCGAACGGAGGAGAAGGAAUGAAGAUCGGAGGGAGAAGAGUGGAGUGGCCUUCUUACGACCCUCUCUUCAGGAGGCACCUGGAACUAGUUCGCCGUUCGUCCGCCCCAGGUUCGGCCGUAGAGUCGAAUCCGAAGACCACGUUCUCGCCGUUUCCGAUCGAGACGUAGUGAGAUCUGGCUCGAAAGGGGAGACGACUCCUCCGGCCGUGAGGGUCGAAGGGUCGAUCCUCUCGUCGAAAUUCGAUACCCGAGACCGAGAGACGCACGACUCGAAUGCCAGGGUGCUCGAGGUGGGACGAACGUCGUCCGUUGCAGUUGCCUCCGUCGAAGGCGGGAUGGAUGCGGCCGAUGCAACCGUCCGGGAGACGAGAAAGCGCGGAGCCGUUCGACCUAUUUCCUAG